AUGGCAAAGCCACAUUUUCAAGAUGCUUCUCUGCCUAGCGGUUUCAUCAUCCUUGUCUUCUUGCAACUGCUGUCCAUGCCCACACCUGGCAACGGAAAAGCCGAUUUUGACAUCAUAGUACCUGAUGACCCUAUUCUGGCCAUAGUGGGGAAAGACACGGAGUUACCAUGCCAGCUGUCCCUCAAUAUCAGUGCCGAGGACAUGGAGUUGAGAUGGUACAGGAACCAAUCCUCCCCAGCCGUGUAUUUGUAUAAGAACGGGACGGAAGUGUAUGAAGAGCAGAUGGUGGAGUAUCGCGGAAGAACUACAUUUAUGAGAGACCACAUCACCCAGGGCAAAGCUGCAGUGAGGAUACACAAUGUCACUGUGUUUGAUAAUGGGACAUAUCACUGCCAUUUCAAAGAUGACAGAGCUCAUACGAAAGCCACACUGUGGCUGAACGUGGCAGGACUGGGCUCACAGCCCGUAAUCAUAUGGAGAGAUGACAAGGAUGACAGUAUGCAGGUAGAGUGCACCUCGACUGGCUGGUGCCCUCAGCCCCAGGUGGAGUGGAAAGAUUUCAGGGGGAAUAUAAUACCCUCUGUGACCAAUCUGUCUGUGUCAGCUACAAGCGGGCUCUUUUCUGUGGUAUCCAGCGUGGUGGUCAAGGACAGGGCUAUGAAGGGCCUCUCUUGUUCCAUUACCAACCCCCUCCUCCUUCAGAAGAAGGUAACUGAGAGUCACCAACCAGCUUCUUUCUCUAAAAGGUUCUGGUCCAUGGUGUGGAGAAUAGUCCUGUCUCUGAUCCUCACAGCACUGGGAAUUGUGGCAGCUGUAGUCAGCUUUGUCUUGUGUAAACAGCAAAAGGAGAAAAACAGAAAACUGCUGGAUGAAGUGAGAGAGAACAAAGAAAAGGAGAACCACCUGCAAGCCAGGAUUGACACGGGCGAACUGAUCAACGUAAGUCCAUCUCUCGACCCAGACACUACAAGUUCUAAACUCCUCCUGUCUGAAGAUCUGAAAAGUGUGAGCCGACUUUUCUUCAAGAAGGACCUGCCUGACAACCCUGAGAGAUUCGACAAGGACCCUUGUGUUCUGGGCAAGGAGCAAUUCACCUCAGGGAGGUACUACUGGGAAGUUGAGGUGGGAAACAGGAGAGCCUGGAACCUGGGUGUUUGCCUUGAGAAUGUAGGUCGGAAGGGAAGAAUUCCCAAGUCACCAAAGCAUGGCUUGUGGGCUGUGGAGUUAUACAAGAAGAAACUCUGGGCUCUCACCUUCCCAAGGACGCGCCUCCAUCCUUCUGAGCCUCUGCAUCGGGUGGGCAUUUUCCUGGACUGUGAAGCUGGAAAUAUCUCUUUCUACAACGGGGUUGAUGGAUCCCGUAUCUACAUGUUUUCAGGAGUCUCUUUCUCGGGCUCCUUGCGACCUUUCUUCUGCCUCUGGGUACAUGAUCCUAGUCCCCUGACCAUCUGUUCAGUGCCCAGAGAGACAGAGCAGGUUUCUGGCUCUCCACAGGCCUCUGAACUCCCCCAGGAGACCUCUGUGACUCCUGUCAGGGAGAGAGCAGCAUCAUUCUCAAGAGAAAGUGAACUUCCUUGGACAAGGUUCAUGUUCUUGUCACCCCAGUCCAACUCAACUUUCUAG